CAGUUGAGUGAGUUCAAGGUCUCAUCCAACAAAAAUUCAAAAACAAAAUGGAAGCAGAGAGGGAAAGAGCAAUCCAAGUCGGCGGUGGAGAAGCUGCAGCCGAGAGCUUAUGUGACGGCGGCGGAAGCGGCGACGAUUCUGUAGUAGUUGUCGGAGAGGGAAGCAGAAAAGGCAGCAAAGACCGAGUGAAGGGGGCUUGGUCGCCCCAAGAGGACACAAUAUUGAGCAACCUUAUUAGCAAGUUCGGCGCGAGGAAUUGGAGCUUGAUCGCCCGAGGAAUUUCCGGUCGCUCCGGCAAGUCUUGUCGGCUCAGGUGGUGUAACCAGCUUGACCCAGCCGUUAAACGCAAGCCAUUUACUGAUGAGGAAGAUCAAAUUAUUAUUACAGCUCACGCUAUCCAUGGAAACAAAUGGGCUGUCAUUGCUAGGCUUCUACCUGGGAGGACAGAUAAUGCUAUUAAGAACCACUGCAAUUCCACUCUAGGGCGUCGGGCACUGGAACUUGGCAGGGUAAAGAAGUUCGAAUCUGGAAGUAUCAUGGAGGAUACCAACAUGGAUAGGACCAAAGCAUCAUCUGAAGAAACUCUCUCUUGUGGUGAUGCAAAUUCGUUUAAAUCCUUGGAGGGAAAAGAUGUAUGCUCUUUGGAAAUUUUGGAUAAUCAAUGUGAAAACAACACCAUAUCAGAGGUUCCAUCUAAUCUUGAGCAUGAACUAAUAGAACAACCUACUCUUUUCCGUCCACAGGCACGUGUAUGUGCUUUCAAUGUUUACAAUACUGUAGAUGGCCCAGAGAUUGCUUCACUGUAUCCAAGGCAAACCCCAAUGCAAGGACCUCUAGGUCAAGCAUCACUGUCAGAUGCUGGGAUCUGCAAAAUGAUUGAGGGAGGAUACAGUGAGCGGACGGUGCCUCACUUGUGUGGCUAUGGCUGUUGUGGGAUACAAUGUGGUGGAAAUUGUCAAAACUCUUUGAUGGGACCUGAAUUUUUGGAAUUCUCAGAACCUCCAAGUUUUCCAAGUUAUGAAUUGGCUGCCAUAGCCACAGACAUAAGCAACCUUGCUUGGAUGAAAAGUGGAUUGGAGAAUAGUAAUAUGAGAAUGAUGGAUGAUGCAGCAGGUAGGAUAAGAACCAAUGGAUCAAUUGCAAAGGGUUGACCAAGCUGUUAAGACAGUAGCUAAUGGGUUUCAAAUGCCAAAGGGUAUAACAGGUGGUAGGACAGUAUUUAAUGGAAUUCAGGUGCACACAAGUCAUUCUGAAGACAACGAACAAAUUAAAAGGCGUUAAUGUGCCAUGAAAAUAUAUUCGUAGGCAACCUUUUUUACUUCAGCCUUAAUGCGGAGCUAUCAGUUGAGGAUAAUGAGUGUAUCUCACCCCUUUGAUUGGAAGUCCAAGAAUCUGAAGUAUAAUUGAGAAAAAGAUUUGUAAGUUUUAGAAUCACUGACACUCUGUGGUAACCAUUGUGUGAUUAAGAAUGACACUCUGUGCAUCUCCUUUUUGAAUG